UUGUGCGGGAGUUCGUCAGUACCGCAAAGGAGUGCACAUUGAUCAGAUCGAUCACGAUGAAACUUCUAGUAGCUUUGACGAUUCUGUGCCUGGGCUGCAGCUGCUUGGCCCAGUUCAAUCCAGAGCAGGCGAAAAUCCUUGCCAACCUCGCAAAGUCCUGCUAUCCGGAGCUCGGUCUGCCAGAGGAUUCCGAUUUGCUGCUACGUUCGGUUAAGAAUGAAAUUUCUUACACUGAAGACGAUGUGAAAUUUUUGCUUUGUGUUGCCCGCAAAUAUGACCUGAUAGAUGCGGAGGAAAAGUUCAAAACACAAAGGAUGAAGGAUUUCCUGCUGAAAAGCAACGCCUUCGACCGACAGGACAUCAUCGAUGUGAUCGAUCAGUGUUUCGAACAACGCGAGGAGUCCACGCUGCUGGAAAGAAUGAAGGAAUCUGUCAAGUGCUUCCAGACUAACAAAAAAUUCAGCAUCGUUUAAGUCGGUGUUAAAAGUUAAGGUUCAUUUACAGUUUAAUUUACGCAGGUUUUUGUGGUGGAAAUGGUCGUAAACCGCAAAAAGUUGCGUAAGUUUAUUGUAGAUAGGCCUUUAUUUUCUUUUAUAUGAUAUGUAAUCUUUUUUAAUUACUUUUUUUUUGAAAUUUACGCAAUAAUCCAGAAUAAACGUGUCAUAUUUCGACAAUAAUAAAUAAAAAUAUAAUA